AUGUCGGCUACACCCUUCCAGCUGCCACUGAAGAAAUGCUCUGUGGUGGGAAACGGUGGGAUUCUCAAAAAGAGCGGCUGCGGAAAACAAAUAGAUCAAGCGGAUUUUGUCAUGCGGUGCAACCUUCCUCCUCUAUCCAGAGAAUACAGCAAGGAUGUUGGAUUGAAAACCCAGCUGGUGACUGCAAAUCCCAGUAUAAUUCAGAAAAGAUUCCAGAAUCUGCUUUGGUCUCGAAAAGCAUUUGUGGACAGCGUGAAGGUGUAUAAUCACAGUUACAUCUAUAUGCCGGCCUUCUCAAUGAAGACAGGGACGGGCCCCUCCCUGCGUGUCUAUUACACCCUGAAGGACUUCGGUGCCAAGCAGGCGGUGCUUUUCGCCAACCCCAAUUUCCUGCGUGACAUUGGCAAGUUCUGGAAGAGCAAAGGUAUCCAUGCCAAACGACUUUCCACAGGACUUUUCCUAGUCAGUGCUGCCCUUGGUCUCUGUGAAGAAGUAACGAUUUAUGGCUUCUGGCCGUUCUCAGUGGACCUGCAUGGGAAGUUUAUUAGCCACCAUUACUAUGACAAUGUCUUGCCCGAUUCCGGAUUCCAUGCCAUGCCGGAGGAAUUUCUACAGCUCUGGUUCCUUCAUAAAAGUGGUGUACUGAGAAUGCAGCUAGAACAGUGUGAGGACCCUUUAACCCAGUCUUCUGCCUAAGGAUCGUAGCAGUCGGUUUGGGAGAUCCACUAGUUUUUAAUUUCCUUGCUCUCCUACAGAGAGUUCUGAUCUUCUGUUGAUUCUUUUUAAAGGGAAAAUAAUCAUGGAUCUGCAUGGACCGUAAAAAUGCUGCUUGAAAGCCAAAUGGAAUAUGUCCUUAAUGUAUGUUCUAUGGAACUGCGGUGGGGGAAACAAACCUCUCCAUCAAGUCCAUUCAGCAGUAAUGUGAAAAUAAUGUCAGAAGCAACUCAAAUGAACUUUCUGGGUGACGUUUUUAAAUGAUGUAAGAAGGGCAUUAAGGCUCAGAGAGAAAUGGGGCCACCCACAAGCUUUUGCUGACAGUGCCAAAUAUGACUGUCUGUUCAAAGAUCCAUUUCAUUCCAGAUUGGCGCCUCAUGUAACUCUUUUUUUUUUGGUUGUUUUUCCUUCCCUUGUGAGUGUGCUUGUGUGUAGUGGUAAGGGGUAUAGAGGAAAGUGUGUGUAUUGUUAACUUUCUUUGUUUCUUUUUUUCCAUUUUUUGUUUUCCAAUGGAAGAAAGGUGGAAGGUGUGAAAGCCUGAGGAGCUGAGUACCAUCAACUCCUAAGACUUGUGAAUGUGAAGGGCACUAAGAAUCUGGUAGAAGAAUGUAUUGGGAAUGCCCUGCUACUGAAUAUAGAUGAACCUACCUGUUGUAGGUUUUGUCAGGAUAGUUUGGUCAUUGCACUUAUAUCCAUAUUAAUGCUACCUUAUGGGCAACAGCUGGUUAAGGUAAAUUGGCUUGAAGAUAAAAGUUGUGGUACAAAAACAAAAGUGAAGUGCAACCAGGUAUUAACUGACCAGCUGCAAGAUUUCUGUAGUGACUUUGGUAGCAGGGAUUGCUCCUUACUUGUUGUGCUGUUUUGCCUUUGGGAUUAGUUCCGUGUUCAUUUGGACUCCACAUGUUCAGUGACUAUCAAGGGGAUUUGAGGUGUUCAGUGAAAUGCAAGAUAAGAUUCUUCAUGUGCUUCUAACAGAAAAACUGCAGAAAUGAAUGUAAGUGUCAUUUAAAAUCAGUUGAAACUUUGAAAAUCCUUUCUCUUUGUGCUACUAGCUCCUCUUUUCGGAUUGUAACAUUAGCCUUAAAGACUUGUACUUCUGUUGCAAGAUUGUCUCUGGUUGAAGAGAGCCUGAAAAGUAAAACAGCCUUUGGGAGCACUGAAAAACAAUAUAGCCAGCGAGAAAAAAAAUGAAACAAAGCAAACAAACAAAAAAAACCACCGGAAAAGGCAGGCACUUACGUAAUGCAGCCUUUCUCUUUGCAAUCAGAGAAUUAUGUAAGCGUGCAAAUUGCACUGCGGCUGCUCCGGUCAGUGCAGUGCCUAAAGGACUGUUUUAUUUUUGGAUAUUACUUGGACAGCAGAUGAUCCUAUUGCCAUGUAAAUGAGAAAUCUUUUUGUUUGCUUUGUUCUAACACUGUAGGACAGGAAGAAAAUACUUACUUGGUCCAGAGUGCAAUUUCAGCUGCAAGAUGCUAUCACUGUUAACUUUAUAAUCCAAAAUAAUGUUCUCUUUCUUCUACUUCUAUCGUUAGUAGCUGAAAUUCUAGUCAAAAUGUUGAAACAACAAAACUGUCGUCAGGUUUCCACAACAAUUUCCUGUGCUACCUGUUUUAGCUCCAAAGUGCUAGUAUUUUGGGGAAUGUGUCCUAUCAUAUGUUGGCAACCGCUCUCUUUGUAGACUACAAGCUGCAAGUUAUAUAGAUAUAAUUAAAAAAAAAAAAAAGCAACACCCCUGGCUCUUCUUUAAAUAUGAAUAAUUCGACUAUCUAUGUAGGACAUUGAAAAAAAGCCUUAUUUUGCUUUUUAAAAAUAUGUUUUGGAAUAAAAUCUUCUUCCUAAAUAUGGGUAUUCCAAAUAUGCAUUUGGGUAUUGUUCCUUAGGAUUACAGUGUAGCUCUAAAUUGCAAAGGGGAGAUUUGGAUUAAAUGCUGUUUUAGAGAUUGUUCUGAUAAAAUCUGAAUGUGCUUCUGUAACCCAUUUUAUCUCUGUCCAUAUGCUUUUUUUGAAGUACAAUCAACACAUCAAUAGACCAUCACUGAUAAUUCAUUCACUUGGAUUAUAUUUUAUCUAUGAUAUGGAUACUCAGUAAGGAAGGAUUUUCUUUACUGCUCAUUAGGACAAAUUUUUACUGAGCUGCCUUUUGUAGAAAACAGGUGCCUGUAUGGGUUUUAUGAGAUGUAUGAAGUUUUGCACUUUUUAGUUCUUAAAAGAAGAUGCUAUCUGUGAGAACAGCAGUCAAAAUAUUGUGUGUUAAGAUGACACUUCAGAAGGAUGCCACCAUUUCCCAGGGGUGUGGGGAAAUUAGGAGAGUAGGGGAGAACUGCCUCUGUGCUUGUUAUUUUUGUCAUUUGUACCAGGACUUGAGAAUUCAGUUCUGAACUUCUCUGGCGACUCUCCGACACCCUGGAAAUCCCUUCUCUCAUGUCCUGGGGAAAAGAUCUCAGUAAAAGAAGAGAAAAAAUGAGUAUUUUCAUAGGAAACCUCAAUGCAGUAUUUCAUAACAACUGGCUUGCUUGUGUUCAGUUAGUGCCCCAUGUACCUAGGAGCAUUGUAUUCUCCGCAAGGCUGAAGCUGACUGAAUCUUGUCUUUGUGUGCCCCUUUUGAUGUUUGCAAUCCUGAGGUUUGCAGGGAGAUGGUUUUCAAAAAAUGAUGGGGAUUGAAGAAAAUAUGUUGUUUGUGAUAAGUGUGGCUAAUGUUGGAAAAAUUGGUAGUUUGGGCUCUGUUCAUAUCUACUUAUAGAGAAUAUAACUGCAUCUUACAAUGGCAACCACAUUUGAUAGGGAAGUAAAGGCUUUGGGGAUAAAUAAUUUUCUAUAACUUCCAGAAAACUAGUAGCUUAGGAAAGGAGAGAAACAAAAAUAAGUUCCUCUUUUGAGAAGGCAAGUCUACAAUGGGAGCUCAACAGAAACCUGUUUUAGUUGGCUGACUUGGCACUUCACACAGGCACACUGGCCAAGAAGAAAGUUUUUGCCCUACAAGUGAAAAAGGAUGCAGGAGGGUUCUGUAAGUAUUUUGUGGCAAGAGCAGUCACGGAGAAAAUGAAAAUCUGUUGGGAAUCUGAGAAUGGCAACUGCCUAACAAGAAUCUUGGAGUUAAUACACUCCAUUAUUUCUGCUACUUAGUGUGAGAUUUACCUGGUACUAGUCUAGGGGAAGUGGGACCCAUGUAUUGGGAUUCUUGGUAUGAAAUGUGGAGUUACGUGUAAGGGUUUGAAGUUGUAUCACUUUUGAAGAGGAAGGCUACACCAGGGAAUAGGUGUGGUCACAUCCAGGACUUAAGCAUUAACACAGAAAUCAGCUUCUCGGAGUUAGCAAACUGUGGGAGGAAUGAAUAUAUCCAUCUGCAUUUAGCUGGGUGGUUAAUUUCUGUCUAUUGACAGUAGUGUCCUGAGAUUUCAUUGCUUUAGUAGAAGUGAAUAGAAAUCUUAAGGUCUUUUAAUGAAAUUCCUUACUUUAGUUUUUCUAUUUCCUCUGCCAGCCCCUGAGUUUCUCCAGUAUUGAGGUUAAUGCCUGCACCAGGUUGAAAGCUACUGCAAUUCAUCUUCACUAAAAGCUAGUUCAGGCUUGCCAAAUGAUUUGUUCAUGUUCUUAGUUAUUAAUUUUUUCAUAGAGCUGCCAAGAUACAAAAAUGCUGGAAUCAUUGCUCUAUAGAGGGUGCCACCUGAUUAUAAACAGAACGAUCAAAUCCCCUCAUAGGAGUUGUGCAUGGAAGAUAUUUGGCACUGAAAUCAGUUUAGGUAUAAUCUUUUCGGGUGCUUAAGUGUUUCUAGGGAGACUAAGGCCAAUGUAUGAACUUCUGCUAAAACUGUAUAAAAUUCCUCCUUUCUGUUGGUUAUGAAUCUUUUGAAGCUCAUUCUAAAGCAAGCAAUUGAAAGAGAAGCUGGCAAAUUAAAAUCAUAAGAGUAUAUGUGCUCAUGAGAAUAAAAACAUUUUUUAAUUUGAUACAGACCUUGCCAUAAUUCUGAGGACUCUCCUUCAUGAAUGCUGUGCUUCAUGUUUUUGUUGAUACGAAGAUUAUCAUUUGGAAUGAACUAGCUGCAGAAGUCAAAGAUCAAAGCCUCUGUUACAGCUUAAUCUUUAUAGAAUGUAGAAAUAUUGGCUUUUUUAUCAACCUCAAUACACUCACCUUUUUGUUAGCUUCAUCAGAAUGAUGUCACAGCAUACGCUGCUGAGUUUGCAUCUCUUCGGAAGCUGAAGCUAUAAGCAAGGCAUCUGCUGUUUUAAACUGAAUCUCUGAACCGUGGUAGUUGCACAAAACACUUCCUUCAUGCAUAUUCAUGAAAACUAGUUUAAAAUCUGGUUCACCCUAUCCUGAAAUUGACAGUGAGAACAGAAGUGAGGAAGUGUGCAAUCUAGAAGUGGGGAUGAUGAAGGAGAAAAAUGCUAACUCACCUUUUGCUACCUGCUUUGGUUCUCCAUCUCGAUAGAUUAAUAAGCAUUGGACCAAGUCCAGACUGUACAAAGGACAGGCAUUUUCCAGAAUGCUGGAUGAUGAUGGAAAAGAUGAAGAUCAAAUCAGUGGUGUAAUAAAUUGGACUGUAGAAAUUCUAGAUAAAGAUUGCCCAUUCCAAGCAACCGCAGGACAUUUUCUUCUGACAAUGACUGAAAAACAGACUAUCGUCUGUGACAUAAGGUUUUCUGCAGGAUGGCAGCAAAGCAGAAUGUGAUGGCAGAUGUUGCCAAGAGGCAGUGAACUGAUUAAACAGAAGUACAGCAGAACAAAGAGAGGUGAUGAAAAAUCCAUCUUUCCCUUCUCUACUUCCAUUCACUCAGAAACAAAAGUAUAACAGACUUACUGGCUAUUGUCCUAAGUCACCACCUCCUUAUUGAAAGGAUACUGUGGGAUUUAGUCAUGGGUUAUUAGAGUUGGGGUAGUAUUGUUAAGUUGUGGUUGAACUUGAUGAUCUUUUAGGUCUUUUCCAACGGGGGCUAUUCUGUGAUUCUAUCUGUUAGCUGAUGUUUCCUACUAACAAAAAGUCAGCAGACCUUGUCUGGAAGUGGCUGGUCCUCUGCAUCCUGGCUGUCCGAAGGGUGCUCUGGGGACUCUCCUCUAUGCUGGGACAUCCCUAAUGAGAUCUGCUCCUAGUAUCACACAGUCCCUCCACUUGGGAUCAUCUGGGCCUUUUUUUUAUGCCCAAGAAGUCAACAUAAAGUCAUCUCUUUGCCAUCUUCCUGAUGAUCAUCCUCCUUGGGUUUUGAAGGGUGAUUUUAAAAAUCAGCCAUUAAGUAGAUAAUGCACUUUGUAAUUUUCAACCAUAUUUUCUUCAAAAGUAACUGAUAAAACCAAGAAGAAUUAGCUGUAAGUUGAAAACAUGACUUCACUUAGGAACUGAUAAUUCAAUCACUGGAGAACAAAAAGAGCAUGGCAGAAGGCUGUGCUUUUCAUAAUGAUUGUUGUAGAAUAACUUCUAGUUCCUCAAAUUCCCAGAUUUCAUCACUUGGAAUCUAUCAGGUGCUUGACUUCUUGGUGGUUUUUGAAUGAAACAAUUACUGAAUGAUCUAGUGGCCUGCUAAUUAAAUACUAGGAAACUCAUUUUCCUGAAGGAAAUACAAAUAACCAAUAGGAGGUUCAGCCCGGUAUCCCUACCUGAUAUUUCUUUCGCAGCAACAAGAAGUUAAACAGUUAGUUAUUCCUCUCUGAUUAUUCAGGAUGAGCCCUGGUGUAUUCAGAGCCCUGGUGUAUUCAGCCUCUUUAGCUUAAUGCACAUACUUAAAAUGAAUGUCACCAUAUAUGUCAUCCCUGGUUCACACAUACAACACUGCAGAGCAGGCCUGAGAUAUGGCAAGGUUAUCACUUUCUUCCUUCACAGCCAGAAUGCUGGGCUUUCCGAAAACAGUGGCAGACAAUCUAUUGCUUUGGAGACCAACCCGCUUCUCACCCCAAAGCAAUUUUGAUUGCUGGCAAGUCUCAGUAGUACCUAUUAAAACUGCAUCUUAAAAUGAUCUCCACCUACUCUAUGCUGUGGUUGCGUUGGUCAACUGUUAAGAUAAAUAUUUAUCCCAUCUUGGUCCUUCUAAGGCAAGCAACAUUCAAAUCACCUUGAAUUUGCUGUGUUAUUUAGUAUUUUCACCUUUCAAGUUCAACCUUUUUUUUCUUUUAGUCUAGACAUGGUUAUAUCAUGAGUCAACCCAAAGGCAGCAUAAGAAAACGUCACCACAAAUAGUUGUGAGAAAGGAUCUCAAUUUUUGUUAAAAUAGAUACACCAGUAACUGAAGAAGCAAUUCUCAAGUUAUUCAGUGUUUGUAGAUUUUACUCGAGUCUGUGCUUCUACAAAGCUUCCAAUUUUAGGCUACUUUCAUUUUUGUCAAAAUGAAAUAAAUAAAAAAUCCAACCAAACUGAGAACAUCGGUUUAGAUCUUCUGGAGUCUGUCUGUUACUGUUUCUGUACAGACAUUUAGGGGUGGCAUCUGAAGAAUCAGACAAAGAUCAGAAGGAGAUAAGGAAAGUAACACAGUUUUUUGAUAGAGGAAAAGGAGAUACCUACAUUUCGAUGCUUU